AUGCGCCCGCUGCGUGCUCCGGUCGUCAUGGGCCUCCUUCUGCUAAUCUGUACAACAGGACUCUGUAAAGACAGCAAGAGAAUCGACAAAAGUACGAAGGACGAUAGUAUCUUGUUCAAACGGAUAAUGGAGAUCGUGAGGCACUUAGAGGACGAAAGUAGCGAAAGUUCUGCGCACACGCAAUCAACCUCUAGCAAAGAGAGCGCACUUCACCAAAAAGAAUCACACAACCUCAAAUCAGAGAGUGGAGACCAAAUUCGUGAAAUCUUCCCUAGGGACCUCAGGAAGAAGGAGAAAAUUAUACGACAGUUUACAGGUCCUCUGAAUUUUGACAAGUGCAGGAAACAUGUUUACAGGCUUUAUCACCAGACUAGAGACUGUACCAUCCCUGCAUAUUACAGGAGGUGCGCUCGACUUCUCACUCGGUUGGCUGGAAGUCGGACGUGUCGAGAGGGUUAA